GGUCAUUAGUCCAUAAAAUUAUGUUUUAUAUUGGACAAGUUGCGGUAGCUGGUAAUUAAAUUCACAGGGAUUGUUGUAUUCCCAACCUGGCAACUCCGGUUGUGGUUGGUGUGCAGACGAGUGAGUCCCCCAAAACAUUGAUAUAGGCUACCCCUCCCGCUAUAAGAACCCUCCUCCAUCCAAAUAAUUUCUAGCCAUCAACCACCGCCGCCCGCCCUGAGCCCCAUGGCUUCCAGUUCACACUCAUGGACCCCCCAAGAGAACAAACUCUUCGAGAAGGCACUCGCCCGCUUCGACAGGGACACUCCCGACCGCUGGCAGAACGUCGCUCGCGCCGUCGGCGGUGGCAAAUCUGUCGAGGACGUCAAGACCCACUACCAGAUUCUAAUUGAGGAUCUCCGCCGCAUAGAAUCCGGGCAUGUCCCCAUUCCCAACUACACCAACACUAACUCCAUACAUGAAGAGAAGAGGCUUAUGAAGUUUCUGAAGAUGUAAUGCCAGCAAACGUCGUCGUCCUCAGCUUAUGCAUGAGACAGUUGCUGCGGACUAAUUCCUUGUAAUUCUACUGCCACUGUAUGUUUAAUUUCAUGCAUGUCCAUUCCUCUACUGUUAAUCUUUGUUUUUAUCCAAAUUGUACGGAAACCCUGCAAAUUGCUGCUCCAUCUCCCUUUUUUUUUCAUGUUU